CUUCUAUAUGAAAAUGUUUUUAGUGGAAAAAUUAUUUUCUUUUUAUGGUUUAUUCUUCUCUAGGAAAACACCACCAAGUGAGCGAAACACAGAAUGUGAUUGCAUCAGACAAAGCAGCAGAAGUAUCAGUUGUCCAUGAACAUGAACACAGUCAUGACCACACACAGCUGCAUGCCUACAUCGGUGUUUCCCUGGUACUGGGCUUCGUUUUCAUGUUGCUAGUGGACCAGAUUGGCAGCUCCCACGUGCAUUCUACUGACGAUCCAGAAACAACAAGGCCCAGCAAUUCCAAAAUCACCACCACACUGGGUCUGGUCGUCCAUGCUGCAGCUGAUGGCGUUGCUUUGGGAGCAGCAGCUUCUACUUCACAGACUAGUGUCCAGUUAAUUGUGUUUGUGGCAAUAAUGCUACAUAAGGCACCAGCUGCUUUUGGGCUGGUUUCCUUCCUAAUGCAUGCUGGCCUAGAGCGGAAUCGAAUCAGAAAGCACUUGCUGGUCUUUGCAUUGGCAGCACCAGUCAUGUCCAUGGUGACAUACUUAGGACUAAGUAAGAGCAGUAAAGAAGCCCUUUCAGAGGUCAAUGCCACUGGAGUGGCUAUGCUUUUCUCUGCUGGGACAUUUCUUUAUGUUGCCACAGUACAUGUCCUCCCCGAGGUGGGCGGAAUGGGGCACAGCCACAAACCCGACACCACUGGAGGGAGAGGCCUCAGCCGCCUGGAGGUGGCAGCCCUGGUUCUGGGGUGCCUCAUCCCACUCAUCCUGUCAGUAGGACACCAGCAUUAAAUGUUCAGGUUCCAGCCUCAGUCCAUGGCCAUUCGCAGCCAGUGAGAACAGCCGGCACAUGACAGCUCCUCACUUCUCAGUCUCUUGUCUCGCCUUGCCCAUCUCCACCUGUAUUCCUAGAGUCCGGAGGGAGGUGAGAUUAAAACCUGGAGUAAUUGAAAAGCUUUUAGAGUAGAAACAACACAUUGCAAUUAGGUAUAAACAUUCCGUUGUGUUGUCUUUAAAAGGGCCCUUGGCAUUUUGAGUUUUGAUGUUUCUCUUUACCCUAUUCUCAGGGAAGAUGAAAUUUAGUUUUAAGGAAGAGUGGAGAACUUCAUACUCACAAUGAAAUAGUAAUUAUAAAAAUACAGUGUUCUGUAAUUAAGGUAAAUCUCUUUGUUUAGAGGCUGUGCCACUUUAUCCAUUGAUUUUAACAUGGUUCAUUUGGCUUUAGUAUCUAUGCCACAUGCCUUGAUAGGUCACAGCACCCACUCUCUUAGAUGCUAAAGGUGAUUGUGGUUAGUUUGGGAUUAGAGUUAGGGAAAUGACAUAAAGACACACUGAAAGCUAACUUUAUACUCGAAAGAGAUAAUCCAUUGAAAAGGGAUGUCUAGAGAGACUUAACCACCUCCUUUUGCACGUGCCUCUCUAAAUACAACCUGCCAUUCCAUAAAUGGAGCAACAGAGGUGGGACUAGCUUCUCAAGAGGUGACUAGUAUUUUGAAGCAUUUCUUUUCAAAUUCUGCUUUGCAGAAUACCUAUUUCCAGCACAUUCUUAGAGGAGCCAAGUUCUAGUAGGUUCAGGUGUAGCCUUUCCUUCAAGAACAGUUACAUCACAAAGUAUCUUUGGAAAUGAAGGGAUAUUAAAUUUUAAGUGAAUUUGGAUAGUUAUUGACAUCUUUGUAGUAACUUCUUUAAAAGUAAGACUACCAAAAUCUAUGUUGUCCUUUUUUUUUAAAGGAUUUCUCUUAGCAGAUAGGCAGUCCUUCUGGCUAAAAUAUUUGGUCAGCUUGUGGAGCCCUGUGUCUGCUCACAUAAGUACCUAUUGAUUUAAAGCUUAUUGAAAUCAUGUCUUUAGUCUCCUCUUUUCCAUGCUUUUCUUCUAACUUUCCCCUCUAGUCCCUCCUCCCCACAAUUUGCUGCUUACUGCUACUGGCAAUGCUAAUAUUUGUGUGAAAUGAAUUCUCCUCGGGACAACCACUUCUUGAACUGUGAUAAUGAAGAUAACAUUGUCUCUAUUCUUUAUUCCCUUCAAAGAAGUUACCUUUUUGUCAAAUACAGCUUUGUUAAUCCCUUAAAAUAUCACCUCCUCAUGUGUGAGUCAACACAAUCACUAAUAUUCUGGUAAUUUAAACAAUUGAGACAGCAAAAGUGUUUAGCAAACUAGGGUAAUUUACCCAUAUUUGCCAAAACCCAUGUAAACCCUCUUUUGUCAAAUAAGUGUAUAAUAUUGUAUUAUUAAUUUAUUUUUGAUUUUCUGUACCAUUUCAGAACACAUUACGUUAAGAGAGAACCAAGACUAGUUUCUUCAGGGCAGUGACUUUAGUAGUUUAUAAAAACGUGUUAUGUAUGCGUAAGCCAGCAUGCCUGUGAUUUCUUUAUUUCCUUCCUAGAUUUGUCACUGUGUCAGCAGCUGUGGAAGUAAAAUGUGUGAGCCCUCUGCUGGCUGCAGUGAAGAAAGUAGCAUAAAUAGGAUAGAUAACAUUUUGUAUGGUGGCUGACAACCACUGCAUACAAUUUUAAAACCAAGAAAAGGUAUAGUAUGGAAAGUCUAAGUGACUUUCCUGAUUAGAUGAUAAUAGCUGACUUAUAAGCAACUUGGGGUUUCAUCUGGUCCUUCAAAAUUAUAUGGUUGCCUUGAUUCUCUCUGGAAACUGACUUUGUCAAAUAAGUAGCAGAUUUUAGUGUCUGGUUUGGUUUCGAUAGUACUUCCUAUCAUAUCGUCGUGUGCAAUGGUCAGAGAUUUGUUCUGCUGGCCAAAGCCUCUUUCAGCAGUGCCUUGCCAUCACACUUGUAAGUUUAGCUAGAAUAUCUUGCUGGAUAGGGUCUUGAACUCUGGCAAGGACUGAACCAUCUAACUUCCAAAUUUGCCUUUGUGUCUGGACCUCACUAUUAACAAGCAAACCUUUCAAGAUCCUGUCAGCUCUCAAGAAGCUAUGAACUUUCCCAGAUUUUAAAGCUGCUGCCUCAGGAAUUACUCGUUUCUCUCCUGGUCAGCAGGCAGAAAUAGCCAUACUAAUUUUAUAGGGCUCAAAUGCAUCUUCAGGCAGCAGGAAACCAAGCAGCGUGGCAGAGGCCUCCUUCACUGGAGGAAGAGCUUGCUCAUAUGGUGGGCGGUGUCCCAGGAUGCGAGGCCAGAUCGAAGUUCACUUUUUGGCACAUUUCAGUUGUUUUCCUCUUGUUUAAAACUGCCUCCUUAGAUGUGGAUGCCUUAAUGCUCUAACACAUUUGAAAACAUUGGCAGUACUUAAGUUGCUGCCAUGAUUACAAAUAGAAUGAUUGGCUACCAAAGAGAUGCAAGUGAUGGUUAACAGCAUGGUCAAUCCAUUUCCUCAUAACCAAAGUUAAUCUUAAUUGCAGUUUGAAUCCCUUUCCUUUCUAGGGAUAGAAUUUCUUCAGAUUCCAAGUACUCUCUUAAAUGGCAAAUAAAGUUGAAAAAUGCUACUGAUCCAUUCUCCUCACUUUUUCCCCAGUUAAUUGCUAUCAGUUCCCAUUUUGCCAAAGCAGUGAUAUUCCAGGUUUGAUUCGGUUUUCCUGUGCACGCUGUUGCCAAAUUUCUUUUUUCAGGCAAAGGCUCUGCACUGGAAUGUAGAGAGUUGGAAACAGUACUACCUACAGAGGCUCUGUGUUCUCUUUCCUGCCGUUUCACCUUUUUAUUUCCCAAUUCAAAACAGCAAAAUACCAGAAUCCCCAUUCUGGUAUUUUGAGUCACUAGAAAAGAAGAGGGGCUGGCUGGUUAACUCAGUUGGUUAGAGCAUGGCGCUGAUAAUACCAAGGUCAAGAGUUCGAAUCCCCAAAUGACCAGCUGCCAAAAAAAGGGGGGGGGAGUGGCUGUUUUGAAUUGUCACUUCUUUGUAGAAAGGAGAAACUGUAAUUGUGUUUUCUUACCAGCCUACUUCUAAGUGUCACUGCCUGGUUUUUCUCUUUUUCAAGGAUUAGAACUAGGAGGACAUACCAGCAUUGGAGUAUAAGCCCCUGAAACACAUGGUAGCUAGGUACUGAACACGGGAACUGUAUGUCAACAGCAGCGUAAGCCCCCAAAGAAUGUUCCUGCCUUUUGAGCCCCUGAGCCCCUUGGGAGACUGAGAAUAAUGACCAGAUUCAUCCAAAACUGCUGCAGUCCAAGGUGAGAACCCUCUGUAAUUGUUCUACGGGGAUCCUUUCUUGCAUUAGAAAAUUUCUGCUCAAUACAAAAUGGCUCACAUCGCCCAAAGAGCACUAUUGGAGAUGCUAUGAAAUUAAAACCAAUGAUGUAACCUCUUUGUACCUGAUACAUCUAGAUUCACCUGAAGAAAACUGAAGGAAAUUUGUGACUUGUUGGAAAGGACUAAACAACCAUUUAGGAAUUCUCUAGAUGUGUUCAGUAACACAUAUAUUGGCUUUGAUCUUUUUUCUGGUAGCAUCUUCCAGCAAGUUGGGACUCUCAUGGUAUAGCACUGCAGUUCCCCUGGUUCAGUAGCCUGAACAGUGAUUUUAAAUGUCCCUUUUUCUGGAUCCUUUGUGAACACGAAAUCAUUCCAUGGGUGGCUGCCUUAUAAUUUUGUCUCUUUCCACUUUAAUUGUGAAUGGUUAAAAAAAAAAUGCUGUUUUCUGAUUUGUUUUAUGUAUUAAAUUUUUAUUAGUGCAUA